AUGAUGAAGAAAGGGAAAGGGAAGAAUAGUGGCUUGUUACCGAAUUCCUUUAAGAUUAUAUCUUCCUGCCUCAAAACUGUAUCGGCCAACGCCACCAACGUUGCGUCAUCGGUUCGUUCCGCCGGAGCGUCCGUCGCCGCUUCAAUAUCCUCUGUUGAAGAUGAUAAAGAUCAGGUGACAUGGGCUGGCUUUGGCCUUCUUGAGAUGGGUCAACAUAUCAUCAGACAUGUUCUCUUACUCGGUUAUCAGAAUGGCUUCCAAGUCUUUGAUGUUGAAGACGCCUCUAAUUUCAAUGAACUGGUCUCCAAACGUGGUGGUCCAGUUUCAUUCUUACAGAUGCAGCCAUUACCUGCGAGGUCUGGUGAUCAUGAAGGUUUUGGUAACUCACAUCCUCUUCUGCUGGUUGUUGCUGGGGAUGAUACAGCUGGCACGGGUUCAGGUCACAGUGCAGACUCUUCCGGGGAUGACAUCAAUUAUCCUACCACUGUUCGCUUUUACUCCCUUAGGUCUCACAGUUAUGUAUACGUCCUGAGAUUUCGGUCUUCUGUUUGCACGAUUAGAUGCAGCUCCCGAGUGGUAGCUGUUGGCCUUGCAACUCAAAUAUAUUGUUUUGACGCACUUACUCUGGAAAACAAGUUCAGUGUUCUCACCUAUCCUAUUCCUCAGCCAGUGAGACAAGGGCCAACUGGGGUUAAUGUUGGCUAUGGUCCGAUGGCUGUAGGUCCAAGGUGGCUUGCUUAUGCUUCCAGAAGUUCCAUGACCAUGAAAACAGGGCGCCUAAGUCCACAGCAUCUUAUUUCUUCGCCCAGUGUCAGUCCAAGCAGAUCGACAGGUGGAAGUAGUUUGAUGGCCCGGUAUGCAAUGGAGUCUAGCAAGCAGUUAGCCAAUGGACUAAUCAACUUGGGGGAUAUGGGAUACAAAACAUUGUCAAAAUACUACCAAGAAAUGCUCCCUGAUGGAUCUAAUUCUCCAGCAUCACCAGAUUCAGUCUGGAAAGUUGGUGGGGUUGCUGGAUCCGAUCCAGAGAAUGGUGGAAUGGUUGCUGUCAAAGAUCUUGUUUCUGGAGCUGUCGUAUCACAGUUCAAGGCCCAUACGAGUCCUAUCUCAGCACUUUGUUUUGACCCUAGUGGAACCUUAUUGGUUACUGCUUCAGUAUGUGGGAACAAUAUAAAUGUCUUUCAGAUCAUGCCAUCUCGUUCACAUAAUGCACCUGGUGACAUAAGUUAUGAGUGGGAAUCUUCUCAUGUGCAUCUCUUCAAGCUGCAUAGGGGGAUCACUUCUGCUAUUGUCCAGGACAUUUGCUUUAGUCAUCACAGUCAGUGGGUGGCUAUUAUUUCAUCCAAGGGCACUUGCCAUAUUUUCGUUUUAAACCCAUCUGUCAGCGAUGCUGGGUUUCUGCCUUCAAAUUGUGAGGGUGAGGAUCCUGCCCGACUUCCAGCUUCAUCUUUGCCAUGGUGGUUUACUCAAUCCUUGUCAAAGAAUCAGCAGUCUUUAUCGCCUCCACCAGCUGUUGCCCUUUCUGUAGUAAGCAGAAUAAAGUAUAGCAGUUUUGGGUGGCUUAACACAGUAAGCAAUGCUGCCACUGCUGCAACUGGAAAAGUAUUUGUACCAUCGGGUGCCGUGGCUGCAGUUUUUCACAAUUCUGUUACUCGUGACUUACAACGGAACUCCCGGACUAACUCGUUGGAGCAUAUAUUAGUCUAUACUCCAUCAGGCCAUGUGGUGCAGCAUGAACUUCUGCCAUCCGUUUGCACAGAACCACCUAAUAAUGGCUCGAGAGUGCAAAGAACAUCACAUGUUCAAGUUCAGGAGGAUGACUUGGGGGUCAAAGUUGAGCCUAUUCAGUGGUGGGAUGUAUGUAGAAGGUCUGACUGGAUGGAAACAGAGGAACGACUUCCCAAAAGUAUCACUGAAAAGCAAUACGAUUUGGUCACAGUCUCAGGUAAUUUGCCACUCCAUGACGAUGCAAGACUUUCUCUUGACAUCAAUAGCCAUUUUGGUGAAGGAUUGAAAACUUGUUCUGAGAAGGCCCCUGAAAGAUCCCAUUGCUAUCUUUCUAACUUUGAGGUAAAGGUUACCUCAGGGAUGCUACCAGUGUGGCAAAAUUCGAAGAUUUCUUUUCAUGUGAUGGACUCUCCAAGAGACCAAGGUUUCAGUGGUGGAGAGUUUGAGAUAGAGAAGGUCCCAGCCCAUGAACUUGAAAUAAAACAGAAAAAACUGCUGCCAAUUUUUGACCAUUUCCACAGCACCAAAGCAACAAUGGAAGACAGGUUUUCGAUGAAAUGUUAUCACACAUCCGCAUCGGGAUCUCAUCAAGUUAAUGGGAAGAUAUGCCAAGAUAUAAUCAACUGUCACUCUAAGCCAGGAUCAGUCGAGUCCGCUGAAAGUUCUGAAGAAGGUUCAUCAAAACUGAUGGAGAAUUUCCAUGAUUCGGAUCACAUGAACAACUCAUUCAAGUCUUCUUUAACCCUAUACCCAAAAGUAAAUGGGAUCUACAAGGAAAUAGAGAAGAAGAACAAAAAUGGGUUGGUUGAGAAACCUGUGACAGCCAAAUUCAUUCCAACCGAAGAAACCCGGUUGGGAAAGCACAUGACAAAUGGCUGGACCACACCACCUGUUCACACCAAUAUUACUGUCGAUGAACAGAUGCUCCCUACUGGACAAUCUCCUGUGACCUUUGGUUUUGCUUUGCGUGAAGAACACUGUAAAGCAUUAGCCGAUCCAAAAGACGGCCACCUGGAGAACGGCAAUGGUCAUCAUCUAAACGUAAACAACAACACAGAGAAAUUACAAGGAGAUGAGAUGGUGGUAUGUGGUAUGGUUUCCUUUGUAGGCGAUUAA